UCUUCCCAAGCUGAUUUCCUCAACCUGAUGACGAAAUGAUGUAGCAAAAACAAAACUUCCCUUCCCCCCCCACCCUCCCUCCCUUCUCUUUUUAGUCUUCUCUCCUGCUUGCCCUCUUUUCCUAUUUUGUUCUAUCAGGGGAACUGUAGCACAGCCUGUCUCUUCCACACAUUCCUCAAUUCCUUCCUUUUCUGCAAUUUCUUAUUUUUACCAUUUUUAAUAGUUUCUUCUUCUGGGUAACUGAGCUGGAGGAAUAAGUUAUGGUUUUUGGUUGGAUUUUGUAAGCUUGGGAUAUUGAGGAAGGGUCCCCUCCUUUGCAUGCUGCUUCUAUUAAGGGUAUCUCACACAAUGCAUUGUCUGGAUUCAUUUGUGAAACUUAAUAAGGUAGCUUCCCUGUUUGUAUAUAUGCCUCACAAGAACUGAUUUUGGUUUCCUACGUUUGCUUUCCUUCAUUCUUGCAAGAAGUUGGGAUUUGAUGCAACCAUCCGGGUAAAAUUCCCAAAAGGGUAUUUUUUUUUUUUUUUCCAUUUUCAUUUAUAUUUUCUUCUCAUCUGAAAAUGUGAUAUUGUCAUGAGAAGGAUUUUGGGUUGAAAAGGGAAAAUUUUGAUGGUAAGGAUUUUGGUCUGAGAAGGGAAAGUUUUGAUAUUAUGGGUACUGAUACAAGACCGUGGUUGCUAGGCUUGAGCUGUGAAGUAGCUGGAAGAUAAUGGGUUUUGGGCGAGAUUGUUCCUUACAUUUGUGGUAAUUAGAUAUCAAAAAAGGAAAUAAAAUUCAAAGCUUUUUCUAUUCUAUACAUGGGAAUACAGCUAUUAUCAUGAAAUGGAAAUGGAAAGAGAUUCAAUUUCGUUCUGGUUUAUAGAGGUGAACGAAAGCAAAGGAAAAACAAAAGAAGAGUCAAACAUUUCUACGUCCAGUUGUUCUCAAUCUGAAAUUCAAUCUCAGAGAUUGCUUGAGGGUCUUAGAUUCGACAUUCCUGGAUGCACGAUUGUGUUGGUGUUGUAAAAAGACGUUAUAGUGGGAGGAACAGGGUCGGUAGAGUUGUGGAAAGUAAAGAGUCUUAGCUUUUGUAACUAAGGUGUUAGUGGAGGAAAGAUGGCUGCCAAGCUUCUACAUUCAUUGGCAGAUGACAACCCAGAUCUGCAGAAGCAGAUAGGAUGCAUGACUGGAAUUUUUCAACUCUUUGACCGUCACCAUAACCUCACUGGUAGGCGUCUGAGCCAUAGGAGGCUUUCUGCACCAGGUAGUUCUCACUUCAAUAGCAAUGGCUUUGAACGAGAGUCUAAUAAUCCAUAUAAUCAAUCAAUUGCAACUGAAACGAAUGUGAACAGGAGUGUGAAUGAGAAACAGAGGACUUCUACUGAAUCAUCGAGACCUUCUUUCUCAUCAACAUGUUCAUCUUCUUUAUCCUCUUCAGAGUGUAAUAAAAUGACUCAACAAGAAGCCUCUGCCUUUGAGAGAACAAUUUUUCCUGGUACCCCUUCCAGGGAGCCAGUAAUUCACCAAGCAAGUUCCUUUCCACAUCUAGGGCUGCAAUCCCCUGAUCUUCGUGAUGUGGUCAAGGACUCUAUGUAUAGGGAAGUAAGAGGACUUUCAGUUAAAACCACCACCAAAGAGGAAAUAAAGGGCCAGGCUAUGAAGCAUAAAGACUCUCCAAGGCCAAUACAACCGUCUAAGUCAGUAGAUAGAUCUCAUGGUGCUGGGUUAAGUGAUGUUGAUAUCGAGGAGUCGGAGUCUCUUAGGGUUCUUGCCAAACUUCGAGAGGCACCUCGCUGUUACACUGAAGCUAAAGAAGUUCGUAGAUCAUCAUAUGAAGCAAAAGAUAGGUCUUGGCAUUCAAUAGCAAAAGAUGCUCCUCGAUUUUCUUAUGAUGGGAGAGAGACAAAUCGAUUAUCUUUUGAAUCACGAGACUCCUGCAAAUCUGUACCAAAGCUGAAAGAGCUUCCUAGGCUUUCAUUGGAUAGUAGAGAAGGUUCAGUGCGCGGUUCCAACUCUGAAUCAAAUGCGGGUUAUCUUUCUAGAAGCUUUCAGAAUUCGGUCAACUCUGGUAAUGAAGUCCCUAGUCCACGAGGAUUACUGGGUAGCCAGAAACGUCCUGCUGGUGUUGUAGCAAAGUUGAUGGGCUUGGAAACAUUGCCUGAUUCUGCCUCAGCUAGUGACAAUGAUUUGCAUUUGAUCAAAACUGGCCCCAUUGAGGAUGGAAAUCCUUUCUCUAGGGCAUUAAGACGUGAUCUCAAUAGGCCAAUUCGAACCUCUCCUAGCUCCCCAAGAAGCUCUUUCAAAGAUCCGGCAUCACCACGGUGGAAAAAUCCUGAUCUAAUCAUGAAGCCAAUUUCAAGUUCAAAAUUUCCAAUUGAAUCAGCACCAUGGAGGCAGCUGGAUGGUAUUCGAAAUUCACAAAAGCCAGCUUUUAGUGUGGUAAAAGUUCAAGAGAGAACAUCGAAUUCCUCAUCUCCUUCUAUUUAUAGCGAAAUCCAGAAAAAAUUAAAUGAUCUUGAAGUCAAGGGAUCUGGGAAGGAUCUGGGAGCUCUUAAACAGAUACUGGAAGCCAUGCAAGAAAAGGGGUUCCUAGAGACCAAGAAAGAACAACCAUUGACCUUCAGAGCUCGAAACGGUUACGAACCAAAAUCUGUGGUUCUCAGUCAGAAUUCAAAAGGUCAGCAUAGCAGGAGCAAUGAAUCCCCAAUUGUGAUCAUGAAACCUGCAAAACUUGUGGACAAAGCAGGUAUGCCUGCUUCAUCAGUAAUUCCAAUUGAUAGUUUUUCUGAUCUCAACAAACUCCAAAUUCAUGCAGCUGUAGAUAGUAAAAGGAGUUCAAGGAAUAGCAGAACAGCUAAAGACAAGUCUCCUAGAAACAUGCUCAAUGACUUCUCCAUUAGUUCCGUUGAUAAGAAAUUGAGUAGUAGGAGUAUCAGAUCUUCACAGUCCUCAACAAAGCCUCAACAACUGUCCAAAGAAAGUGCUGCUACUUCAGUAAAGAAUUCUGGAUCUACAAGCCCGAGACUGCAGCAGAAGAAGCUUGAGUUGGACAAGCGAUCCCGUCCACCUACCCCUCCAUCUGAUUCAAGCAAACCCAGAAGGCAAUCCAACAGGCAUCUGACAGAAUCAAGCUCUCCUGGUGGUAAACUUCGAUCAAAAUCUCGCGACUUGCAGAGAAGUGAUGACCAAUUGAGUCAGAUAAGCAAUGAAUCUAGAAGUUCAAGUUACCAGGGGGAUGAUGCAUCUCUUCAUUCUGACAGCAGUACUGUGUUGGAGCCAAAGGUAGAUACUGAAGUUGCCAGUACUGAACAAUCUGUUGAAGUCAACAGCAACCAGAGUCCAUCCCUGAAGGCUGAAAAGUACUCAGUUUCAACCUCAAUGGAGAAAGUUUCAGCUCCAAGAUUGAGUCAAGAUGGAUCCUUGGCAGAAUUUGCUACAGUUCCACCAGAACAUCCAAGUCCUGUCUCUGUCCUUGAUACCUUAUUGUACAGAGACGACGCACCAUCUCCUGUGAAGCAGAUGCAAGGAGGUGAUGGUGCUCGAGGUUCCACCGACAAUCACAAUGAACGAUGGAUUCCCUUUGCUGACUUUGCGAGCAGCAAAGUAUCUGGUCUUACGUCAGAGAUGAAUCACAAGAAAUUACAGAACAUUGAAAACUUGGUGCAAAAGCUGAGACGACUAAACUCUAGCCAUGAUGAAGCCAGAACAGACUACAUUGCAUCACUUUGUGAGAACCCAAAUCCUGACCACAGAUACAUUUCUGAGAUAUUAUUAGCUUCAGGCCUUCUACUUAGAGACCUUGGUUCAGGAUUGGCGACCUUUCAGCUCGAUCCUUCAGGUCACCCAAUCAAUCCUGAAUUGUUCUUUGUUUUGGAGCAGACCAAGGCAAGAAAUAUGCACUCGAAAGAAGAAAGCAUCCUUCGGAAGGCUUCCAAUUCAAAGUCGGAUCAGGAGAAGUUCCACCGGAAGCUCAUAUUCGACACUGUUAAUGAGGUUCUUGUCCAGAAAUUAGCUUUGCUGGGGGUGAAUUCAGAGCCAUAUUUGAAGUCUGAUAAACUGGCAAAAAAAACCCUGAAUGCCCAAAAAUUCCUGAAAGAACUGUGUCAGGAGAUGGAACAAGUUGAGGGCUGGAAAGCAGUGUGGGACUUGGAAGAAGAGGAAGAUGGCCUGAAAGGGAUCUUGACAGAGGACGUAAUGCAUCGGUCAGAGAGUUGGACAGACUUCUCCUGUGAGGUCCCAGGUGUCGUGUUAGAUGUUGAGCGGCUGGUGUUUAAGGAUUUAGUCAACGAGAUUGUGAUCGGGGAGGCAGCAGGCACAAAAACCAGACAAGGUAAGUGCCGGCAGCUGUUUAUAAAGUAGCAGAAGCUGUUUCAAGAAUAGAAUUUUUUUUUUGUUUUAAUAACUUUGUUGUUCUUUUUCUUUAUUGUGAUAUUAGAUUUGUUCUUUUCCUUGCUGGUAUGAAAGAAAAAAUAAUUCAUGGGUAAAGAAGUUGAGUCCUGAGCUGCGAGUAGGAAAGUUGAUACUCAAAAUUAUUUAAUGAUGGAACUAAACACAUUUUCACAACAGCCAAAA